AUGAACACAACAAGCGUGGUCAUCAACACGGACAGCGUGGGCGGAAACAUGGCACCCGUCGCACCGCCUAAACGCAACUUUAUUCAAAAAGUGAACGACGUGAACAAAAUGGAGCUACCAAAGCUGUUGCGUUAUAUGCGGCUGGGGAACGUGGGAUGCUCGAUCAUUCAGAUUAUCGCUGGCAUCGUUGGGAUUACAUCUUUUAUCACGCUUAACAUUACUGGCACGCUUGUGAGCAUCUACGUCAUUAUGUUUGGCAUAUUAUUUCUGCUUUUUGAGUGUCGCCUUUCCCGUAUGGAGACUGCCAUUCGCUCGAAUUUCGGAUUUCUGUAUAGCUACAAGGGACGUGCUGCAUUUAUCUUCUUCAUCGGGUUUCUAGACUUCGGCAUUGGAUCAGCCUUAGCCACUAUUGCUGGUGUCCUCAUGUGCUUUAAUGCGUUUAUCAAUCUCCUCGUCAUGUGUCGUCAUCCAGAGUUUAAGUCGACACUUAGCGCCGAUGCAGACCCUACAGCCGGCUAUACUACGAGCAGCCAGGAAGCUGCAAGCUUUAUGAGCAAAAAUCCUGAACUUGCAGCUAAGGCCGGACAGUAUGCAUUUCAGCAUGCCGCUAAUACUCGUCACUAA